AUUUUAAUGGUACGGUCCGUUUUCACUAUCAGCGCGCGAGGAUCGAUAACUUUCGGUUUCUCCGCCGCUGAACGUUAACGCUCAUCUUUAAGGUGGUCGUUUCUGACUUGGUCUAAAAACUCAAGUGCCUGAAAUUGAGUGUACAAUUUGCUAGCUAGACCCGGCUAAAAUACUCUGAAUUUUGGUUCGGGGUAAAGCUGGUAAAGCUGUCAGCAGGAGCGUUAGGUGAGCUAAGUUAUGGCGUUUCGACUGUCCAAACUUGCAGCUCGUGUUACGCUCUCAAAUCACUCUGUGCUGAUUACGGAAAACAACUUUCCACGCAGCCUAAAAUUCAACAAAUUUGCAAAUUACUGGCCAGUGUGUUCCUUUCAUACAGUGGUUCGCAUUGGCGAAGGGUCGCUAAAUAUCACCAGAGUAUUGAAUUCCUCUCAGCGAGUUAUAAAUACUGUCUGGCGGGUGGAGAAGUUUUCAGCCACCUCUACCGCCUCAAAGUCAUUCGAGUGGGCGAGUCUCAAGGCCUUGAAGCCCCGUGGAAAAUUCUUCCGUCCGGCUGUGGUCCUGUUCGGCCUUUCUGCCGCUGUCGUUGCCUCCUGUGUCCACUCCAGUGCCCUGUACGCCAUGGCCGCCCAGACAGGUGUGGGCUCUCCCUCGGACUUAGACUCGGAGGACACUGACUGGGAGAAAGCGAAAAACUUGUUUCUGUCUAUGAGCCUGGAAGAGAGGAGAAAGAAGUACAACACUGCCCACAUCUCCUUGGAUGAUGUACCUGUUUGGAAGCAUUCAGGUGCUGCCGUAGACAAUCCCCCUUUUCAAGCUAAUGACGAGCUGAAUCAGAAGAUCUCUCUCUUCAGAGGUGACAUUACCAAACUCGAGAUAGAUGUGAUCGUUAAUGCAGCCAACAAGACCUUGCUGGGUGGAGGAGGGGUGGAUGGAGCCAUUCACCGCGGUGCAGGUCCACUCCUGAAGAAGGAAUGUUCCACUCUGGGAGGGUGUGAAACUGGGGAGGCCAAAAUUACAGGAGCCUACCACCUGCCUGCUAAAUAUGUGAUUCACACCGUGGGGCCAAUUGCUCAUGGCUCUGUAGGCAAGAAAGAAAAAGAAGCACUCAGUAUCUGUUAUUAUAAUUGUCUGCACACGGCUACUGAGAACAAGCUCCGAACUGUGGCUUUUCCCUGCAUCUCCACUGGAGUAUAUGGAUACCCACCUGAACAGGCAGUGGAAGUGGCUCUGGAGACGGUGAGAAAAUACUUGGAGAAACACCAUGCGCAGAUGGACCGGGUCAUCUUCUGUGUGUUCCUGAAGUCAGACGAGGAGCUGUACAAGAACAGACUGCCUGCUUACUUCCCAAAAGCUGGCUGACCAAUCAGAGAGCCUACUCUGAAGACAGAUGUGUCGUCGAAGAGCAAAUUAUGAGUGGAAUUAAUUGCUGUGGAACCACUCCGCUGCUUCUGCUGCCUGCCUCUGGUUCCCCAGCGUCUGCCCUACAAGCAACACCUACUGAUUAUUUUGGAACCUACUGAUUUUUUUUUUUUUUUUUUUUUUUUUUUUUGCAACGUAUAUGACAUCCUUUGUUUGAUUCUUAGUAAGGCCUAGUUUUCACUGGACUGCCACCACAUUUCACAUGAUGUUAUUAAGGAUCCCAAAUGACCAAAGUGUUAUUUCAAAGUGGUCAUCGCAAAUGGCUUUGCAUUAAUAUGUAACUCUCAUGAAUCUCUAAGAUUCUGCAUAUCUCAGUGGUGAAUAGAGGGUUUUCAUGGAUUGUUACACAUGUACCUGUACAGAAUUGUGUUAUAGCCAAAGAUAUGAUUAGCAUGCCAUCAUUUUGAAUUACUCUAAUCGAGUUUGAAGUUAAAUGUGAAUACAGCUUUCACAGCCAUUGGAAAUCAGUCUGAAAUGGAAUUGGUCAUAUUGUAAGCCAUUCACAGCAGUUCUCUGAAGCAGGGGCCAACGCUUGUAACACUUAACCUUCAAUGAAAUUGCACUUUUUCUUCUUUUCCAGUGUACUUUAUGUCUGUCGCUAUGAUGAAGGAUUCUCAUUAAAGUCCAUUCCUCCCCGCUGAA